AUGCUAUCGCUAAAGAAAUCUACGCUCUCUAAGCUUGCUGUGUUUAAGAGCGCAAGGACGUUUUCAUCCUCCGCUUUUGUCCGCCAGACACAGGGGUCUGUGAAUGGCUCCACGUCCACUUCCGCGGAUGGAAAGUACCAUAUAAUAGACCACGAAUACGAUUGUGUGGUCGUCGGUGCCGGUGGUGCCGGUCUCAGAGCUGCCUUUGGUCUGGCUGAGGCUGGUUACAAGACCGCGUGUAUAUCAAAGUUAUUCCCCACCAGAUCGCACACGGUUGCUGCGCAAGGUGGUAUUAAUGCCGCCCUGGGCAACAUGCACAAGGACAACUGGAAAUGGCACAUGUACGAUACCGUGAAGGGGUCUGAUUGGCUCGGUGACCAGGACUCUAUCCAUUACAUGACCCGAGAGGCGCCUAAGUCGAUCAUCGAGCUGGAACAUUACGGUGUGCCCUUUUCGAGAACCGAAAGCGGCAAGAUCUACCAAAGAGCCUUUGGUGGCCAAACUAAGGAGUUCGGUAAGGGUGCUCAGGCCUACAGAACUUGUGCGGUCGCGGACAGAACGGGACAUGCCCUUUUGCACACUCUUUACGGCCAAGCCUUGAGACACGACACACAUUUCUUUAUCGAAUAUUUCGCCAUGGAUCUGUUGACCCAUAACGGCGAGGUCGUGGGUGUCAUUGCGUACAACCAAGAGGAUGGUACCAUCCACAGAUUCAGAGCGCACAAGACCAUUAUCGCCACCGGUGGCUACGGUAGAGCAUACUUCUCCUGUACCUCCGCGCACACGUGCACAGGUGACGGUAACGCCAUGGUUUCGCGUGCUGGGUUCCCGCUGCAAGAUCUGGAGUUUGUUCAAUUCCACCCUUCGGGUAUUUACGGGUCCGGUUGUUUGAUCACUGAAGGUGCUCGUGGUGAAGGUGGGUUCCUGCUCAAUUCUGAAGGUGAAAGAUUCAUGGAACGUUACGCCCCCACGGCCAAGGAUUUGGCCUGUAGAGACGUCGUGUCCAGGGCUAUUACCAUGGAAAUUAGAGAAGGUAGGGGUGUUGGUAAGAAGAAGGACCAUAUGUACUUGCAAUUGAGCCAUCUGCCUCCAGAAGUCUUGAAAGAAAGAUUGCCCGGUAUUUCUGAAACCGCGGCCAUUUUCUCUGGUGUAGACGUGACAAAGGAACCUAUUCCAAUCAUUCCUACCGUGCACUACAAUAUGGGUGGUAUCCCCACCAAAUGGAGCGGUGAAGCGUUGACUAUUGACGAAGAAACCGGUGAAGACAAGCUUAUUCCUGGUUUAAUGGCUUGUGGUGAAGCCGCUUGUGUCUCUGUUCACGGUGCCAAUAGAUUAGGUGCUAACUCCUUGUUAGAUCUUGUUGUUUUUGGUCGUGCUGUAGCCCAUACUGUCGCUGACACCCUACAACCUGGCUUACCACAUAAACCACUACCUUCAGAUCUAGGUAAAGAGUCCAUUGCCAACUUGGAUAAAAUAAGAAACGCUAAUGGUUCAAGAACUACCGCCGAGGUUAGAAUGAACAUGAAACAAACAAUGCAAAAGGAUGUAUCCGUUUUCAGAACACAAUCGUCUCUGGACGAUGGUGUUCGCAACAUCACCGCUGUGGAAAAGACCUUCGAUGACGUCAAAACCACAGACAGAUCAAUGAUCUGGAAUUCCGACUUAGUUGAAACCUUGGAAUUACAAAACUUACUAACUUGCGCCUCCCAAACUGCCGUUUCUGCCGCUAAUAGAAAAGAAUCCCGUGGUGCUCAUGCAAGAGAAGAUUAUCCAAACAGAGACGAUGAAAACUGGAUGAAGCACACUUUAUCCUGGCAGAAGGAUGUCGCUGCCCCAGUGACUUUGAAAUAUAGAAAGGUUAUUUCUCACACUUUGGAUGAGAAUGAAUGCCCCUCUGUUCCUCCAACUGUAAGAUCCUAUUAG